GAGGAUCCACGACUGAAAUUUCCGGUGCAUUUGAGAUCAAAAGCUUCUCUGAACCCGAACGAUCUGGGUCCUCUUCCUCCUGGUUGGGAGGAGAGAAUACAUUUGGACGGAAGAACAUUUUAUAUAGACCAUAAUAAUAAAAUUACCCAGUGGGAAGACCCCAGACUGCAGAACCCAGCGAUUACUGGCCCGGCAGUUCCAUAUUCCCGGGAGUUCAAACAGAAGUAUGACUACUUCCGGAAGAAGUUAAAGAAACCAGCUGAUAUACCAAAUAGAUUUGAGAUGAAACUACACAGAAAUAAUAUUUUUGAGGAGUCCUACAGAAGAAUCAUGUCUGUGAAGAGACCUGAUGUACUGAAAGCCAGGCUCUGGAUUGAGUUUGAGUCAGAAAAAGGACUUGACUAUGGAGGUGUGGCCAGAGAAUGGUUCUUCCUCUUGUCCAAGGAGAUGUUUAACCCUUACUAUGGUCUCUUUGAAUAUUCAGCAACGGACAACUAUACGCUUCAGAUUAAUCCUAAUUCAGGUCUCUGCAAUGAAGAUCACCUGUCAUAUUUCACAUUUAUCGGUCGGGUUGCUGGGCUGGCAGUGUAUCAUGGGAAGCUGUUGGAUGGUUUCUUCAUCAGACCUUUUUACAAGAUGAUGCUGGGGAAACCGAUAACUCUGAAAGACAUGGAGUCAGUGGAUAGCGAAUACUACAACUCUUUGAAGUGGAUCCUGGAAAAUGACCCCACUGAGCUGGAUCUCAUGUUUUGUAUAGAUGAGGAAAACUUUGGACAGACAUAUCAAGUUGACCUGAAGCCCAAUGGGUCAGAAAUCAUGGUAACGAAUGAAAACAAAAGGGAAUACAUUGACCUGGUCAUCCAGUGGCGGUUUGUAAACAGAGUUCAGAAGCAAAUGAAUGCUUUUUUGGAGGGAUUCACAGAGCUUCUUCCGAUUGAUCUGAUUAAGAUUUUUGAUGAAAAUGAACUAGAGUUACUGAUGUGUGGCCUUGGUGAUGUUGAUGUUAAUGACUGGCGACAACACACCAUCUACAAAAACGGUUACUGCCCCAAUCACCCCGUUAUCCAGUGGUUCUGGAAGGCCGUUCUACUGAUGGAUGCCGAGAAACGGAUUCGAUUGCUGCAGUUUGUGACCGGGACGUCACGCGUGCCUAUGAAUGGAUUUGCUGAACUUUAUGGUUCAAAUGGUCCUCAGCUGUUUACAAUAGAGCAAUGGGGAAGUCCUGAUAAACUGCCCAGAGCUCACACAUGCUUUAAUCGCCUAGACUUACCUCUGUAUGAAUCUUUUGAAGAUUUGCGAGAGAAGCUCCUUAUGGCAGUGGAAAAUGCUCAAGGAUUUGAAGGAGUGGACUAAGGCGCCGACUUUCCCCCUGGCGCAAGUCCUGCUUGCACUUCUGCAUUGCCACCGGCCCCCGAGUGACUCUGGCAGAGCAGCCACCCAGCGCUGGUUCACGGAGCAAACCCCGCGAC